AUGAGAAUGAUCCUCAUGAGGGAAUAUGAUAUUCAAAUCCCACAACGGUUAGUCUAUGAUGUUCUCAGGGAAAUCGAUCCAGAGGGUAUGGCCGCUCGACUACGAGGUGUAUGCAAACGUCGAAUAUAUCGAACAAAUGGACCCAACCACAUCUGGUCCAGUGAUGGACAUGAUAAGUUGAAGUGCUUUGGACUUACCAUAUACGGAUUCGUCAAUGCCUGGUCAAGAAAAAUUCUUGGGAUGUUCGUUCAUGUAACAAACAACAACCCUCGCCACAUUGCGGUGUACUUCCUUCAACUUGCAUCUAAGGCUGGUGGAGUCCCACUCCUACUCACAACCCGACUGUGGUACCAAAACUGUUAA